CAGUUCUUUAUAUCUACCGGCGUUCAAGCAGCACAGCCCGCCAAUCAAGAUUUGCAAACUUUUAUCGCUCGUGUCGAACGUCUGGUGCUCGAUACCACCGAUCGCGCGCUGAUUAUCACCCGAAAUGUUUAUCUGCACAUCAGCAAGGAGAUGCCGCCAACGCUGCUGCAAGCUGCCAACGAAACUCUGCAAACCUAUAUUUGGCAGGUGAAUGAAGCAUUGAGUGGCGGCGGCACGUCAAAUACCAACUUCACCACCAAACGCAAAUUGCUGCGACAAUUCAAGUUGAACAAUCUACAAAUUGAAAUGCUGCGCCGCCAAUUGACUCCGCUGCAACCGGAAUUCAAGUUUCAACUGAUUUCCGAUGAGUUUUCCAUUUCCCAAAAGAAUGUUACCGAAUUUGAUAAUUUGUAUUUGCGGUUCAUGAGCGAAUUUGCGGCUGCUUCCCAACAGUUGUGGGAUACACUGUCCGAGCCUACUGUGGAGGAGCAGCAGGAGCUGCUGGAAUUGCUGGAUGAGAUUUCAAAAGAGCAGCAGCUACACGAGAAGGAUAAAUUAUAUGAUGAAUUUAUUGCCAUGUUUCUAUUUAAAAUCGAAGAGAAUGAACUGGAGGCUAAGGAGUUGUACUGAAGUUCA